AUGGAGUGUGAUACGUGGAGGCUCUCUGCAAAGGAGAGAUGCAGCAGGCUGAUCCAGGUGGCCGAGCAGGGGGCAGUGGGGGAGCUGAGGGCGCUGCUCGCCGAGGGGGCCGACGUGGAGGCGAGGGGCGGUGUGUGGGGGUGGACUGCACUGCACUGUGCAGCACACAGGGGAGACGUCGAGGUGGCGUGGCUGCUGGUGGAGGCGGGGGCGGGGGUGGACGCCAGAGACAGCUGGUGGCAGAGGACGCCUCUGCACGUGGCUGCAAUGUGGGGCGGCACUGCUGUGGCGAGGCUGCUUCUGAGGGCGACUGCCGAUCCCAACGCCAGGGAUGGCAGAGGGUGGACGCCGCUGCACUGGGCGGCAGCCAAUGGCCACGCAGAAGUUGCGGCUGUGCUGGUCGAGGCGGGAGCUGACAAGGGGGCCACAGCUAGUGAUGGUCGGACAGCACUGGACCUCGCCAGUGAUGAAAACGAGAGGAGGCUGAUGGAGUUGCUGUCAUGA